AUGGCUCAUUCUUCCAAAGAGUUAUCUGAGCCACUUGAUGAAAGUGAUUUUGAUGACCUCGGUAAAGAAAAGGCAUCGAAAUUUCGUUUUUAUGGUGAACAGUAUUACUGGUUACUACUCGGAAAAAACUUGAAUGAAAGCGUUAAUGCAUUGAAUGAUGACGAGUACAGUAUAUCAACGGAUCUUGUUGUGGCAGUUGUAAAUGAGACGGAUGUCGUAAUGUACGAUAUUUACAAUCAUUGCAAAUACAGAGGUGGAUCGAUGAAUAUUACCCUAUUGGGUAGUUGGAACAUCAAAAGAAAAUUGAAUAUUACUCUCACUCAAAGUAAGUUUAGUAGGAGAUCCAAUUUCCAUGGCAUGAAUCUUCGUAUGGCAGGACUUAACAUCUCUAAGCCUCAAAAUAACAACAUGAGCCCAAAUCUGGUGCUGAACCGGCCAAAAGAUGUGCCACUAGAAGUUUAUUUACAAGAUUAUGCGUCAAAACAAGAUGACAGCAUGGCUAAAUUCACAUACACACUUUGGCUGCAUAUAGCUGACUUAUACAAUUUCACAAUUCAAGCACAAGAGCUGACUGUGUGGAAACCCACUAACAGAAAUGGUCCCAUGAUAAAGAUGCUUCUUGAAAGAUCUGCUGAAUUAGGUGGAAGCACUGGUAUUCCUACUCCAGAAAGAUUAUCAAUCAUGACACCGAUUCCUACUUGGCCUCUUCGAACUUGCUUCAUGUUCCGUACAACGCAAGCGAAGCACAUUAAAGUGAAUCAUUUUUUAAGACCAUUAGCCACAGCUACUUGGUACUUAACUAUAGUCUUGAUAAUAGUUACAAUAUCAGUAUUUUCUUGUGUUUUAACAACGGAAUACAUUAGUGACAAAUUUGAACGUUAUUCUGUAUCAUUUCUAUUUACAAUUGGAAGUGUGUGUCAACAGGGCUCCGAUCUACAAAUUACGCAGGCCUCCAGUAGAAUAGCAUUUCUACAAACUAUGAUCUUUAGCCUUCUCAUUUAUAAUUAUUAUUCAGCAAGUGUAGUAUCAGCACGAUUGAGUGAGCCUUUAGAAAAAAUUAAUGAUUCAUUAAACGAGUUGGCAAAAACUAGUUUGAAAUUUGGUGCUGAACCAAGUCUUUAUUUCAAUUUUUUUAUUAAGAGAUCGGACUGGGAAGCACAGCAGUUUUAUUACAAACAGUGGGUCAAUGUACCAGAAGAUGAGAAAUUUUUGCCAGCUCACGUCGGUAUAAGACGAAUUUUGCAAGGAGAUUUUGCUUAUCAUAUAGAUGUUAAUGUAGCUUACCCCAUGAUCGAAAGACUGUUUGAUAAUCAACAGACUUGUCAAUUAACGAUGGUAUAUCUCGUACGACCACUUGAUUCGUCUAUAUUCAUGGCUUCAAACAAUUCAUUUGUAGAACUAGCUAAAGUUGGUCUUGCAAAAAUUAGAGAAACAGGGCUUAGAAUAAGACAAGUACACAGAUGGGCUGCAAGAACACCAGAAUGUAGAAGCGACAUACUUGUUAUGGACCCUAUAAAUAUAUACGAAGCUGCACCUGCUUUUUUACUCUAUUUAUUUGGAAUCAUGUUAGGAUCAUUCCAGUACAGAAAAACUGUUCAUUUGUGCUUGAUGUAA